AUGCUGAACAAGGUUUGGGGGAAGUCAGACGAUGAGAUGCAAGAGCUCACCGACCUGGAGGACGAAGAUACUGCCAAGCACUCCACGCUCGAUGAGCUGUCCGCCAAGGUCAAGGUGCUUGAGGCGGAGAACGAGUCCCUCAAGACCUUCAUCAAAGAAUCCUCCGACAAGGAGAAUGAGGCGAGGAAGGAGCUCUCCGAGAAGCAUGCCCGCGACCUGGCGGAUCUGAAUGAUAAACUCAAGAAGAGCCAGAGUCGUGUGACUUCCUUGGUGGCCAAAAACAAAGUUCUAGAAGCGGAGGCAGAGGCCAUCGACAAACUUAUCUUCCCGAGCCUUGGCUUCGAGUGGUCACAGGAGUCGAACCUGAAGAGGACGGAGGCAUACGACGAAGCGCGGAUUUCCAUUGAAGCGUUAUUUGAAGCCUGUCGCGGAAUCGCCAAGACUCUGUCUUUGAAGAAGGCCAAAACUUCCGUGAUCGACACGAUGACCAAGUUAAUGGAACAAGUGCCGGACUUCAUUAAGGAUUGGCAGAAAUCUUCCGCGCGUGGAGUCGCCUCCCUGGUCUUAGCCACCUGCAAGGCUCACUUCCCCGCACUCAAUUUUGCGGAUGUUCCACGCGGAGCUCCAAAGGGUUCCGACAUGGGCGCCAUCCUCUCGGAAACCCAAGGAUACGAGCAGUUGUUUGUCAGGCGGGUGAAUCACUCGUUCUGGUAUAACAAGUACGACCUGCCCAAGGGAUUUUCCGAUGCAGAGGAGGAGGAAGGCGAGCCGGAGUAUUACGGGGAAGGCUCCGGGUCAAGCAUCGAGCGUUCCAGAGAAGGCUCUGGUGAGGACUCCGAGGCCGGCUCCGGCGACAGCGACGGCGACGGCUCCGCCUACCAGGAAUCUGAAGAAGAGGACUCCGAGUAGAGUUCCUGUUUGAACAAUGAAACAAAGUUGCAUAAUUUUGGCCCCAGAGUGGGUUUGUAAUAGG